AUGUUCUACAAGUACAACGCUGUGCUGCGGGGAUACCCAAGGCAGGUAGUGGAAGGUCUCAAGGGAAACAAGUACGUCACUACCAUCUACUGCAUCGUCAGCGGCAUCAUCAAGCUCUCCCGCAUCGCCCUCAUCCCUCCCAGCCGCGUCGUCUACCGAGGUCUCGGCGACCUGACGCUACCGGAUGCGUUCAUGCAGGCUGACAGGCUGGGGAUCUGCGGGGGGGUGGAGCUAGCAAUGAUGAGCACAACAACGGACGAGGAGGUCGCCAUGCAGUACGCCAAGGGGAGGACGCCGCUGCUGUUCGAGAUAGGAUGCGGAGCGAUAGAUCGAGGGGCCUCCCUGAGGUUCCUGUCGCAGUAUCCCGGGGAGGACGAGAUUCUAUAUCCUCCUCUGUCAUACUUGGAAGUGACCGGUGCUCCAAGGAAGAGA